CCAGGGGCGGACAGACCAUUUGGAAACUCGAGGGCCCGGGGUCAGUAGGGGGCCCCAUGAGAUGCCCCUGGUACCUUUUUCAUAGGCUUCUUUGAGUUUGGGCAAGGACACAGGGGCCCCAUGAUCCCCUAUUGCCGGGGGCCCCAUGAGUUGUCAGUCCGCUCCUGCUCCUAACCCUCUUCAUUGUUGUAUAUCAGUGCCAGCUCAUCAGUGCCACCUAUCAGUGCCCAUCAGUGCUGCCUAUCAGUGCCCA